UGCGCUAUGGGCUAGACAAUCUACAAACAGUCGAAAAGUUGAUUUCAAGAGCCAACAUCAAAUCGGGUAGCGUGCGGUAGGCUGUAUAAAGAGUGUAGAGCCACCGAAUUUGUAUGCAAGCAGAGCAUGCUGCUGCUCAUAAUAGUCUAACGAAAAGAAGUACAAAUAGGCUACAUUUACCGUCGGAUUUACUGGAUUUAUUCAAGUUGGUCGCACCAAUGGAUUUUAGAAUUGUUGCAAUUCAUUUCAUUGUGGCUGUCCUGACUCAAGGCAGCUCUUCCAUUGGGGUCAAUGAGGACGAGGUGCGUCUCACCGCACCCCACCAGCACUACGCCUGCCCCGAGGGUGCCAACGUCACGCUGGUGUGUGAGCAGCAUGGGCACCCCCACGCGGGUGACCAGUUCCACCCGGCCUGGCUCUACACGCCGCACUUGGACCGCCACUGCCAGAAGGGCCAGCACCCUCGCGGCGGCCGGACCCUCCGCGCCAACCGCUCGCUGCCCUUGUCCGCCGCGGGCAUUUACAUGGUGGAGGGCUCGCGGGUCAUGCUCCGUCUGAUAGACGUGAGGCUGGGUGACCAGGGCCGCUACUGCUGCCUGGUGGCGGAGAAGCACCACAAGGGCACCCUGCACAGCCACGUGCUCCUCACCGUCGGCCCACGGCGCGAGGGAAGCCUGACCUGCACAGAGAUGAACACCAACAACAAUGACAAUGAUGGCAAAGUUACUGCAGUCUUUGCUACAGCUGCCUGCAUCAUGGCUUUCCUGUGCCUUCCUCUUAUUCUGGUGCUGGUGUACAGACAGAGGCAGACUGCUCAGGCCAACAGACGUGCACAUGAACUUGUCCGAAUGGACAGUGAGGCUCAGGGUCACGACAACCCUGUGUUUUUGGGGGGCUCCCCCCAGGCCAAGACCCGCACUGUGUCCCAGAUCAUGACCCGCCAGUCCUCCGAGACAGGGCGCCACCUGCUUUCUGACCCAGGCACCCCACUGACCCCAGCCUACGGAGACGUCUUCUUCCCAAUGCAAGAGCCCAUCCCAGAGUCCCCCAACAUUCUGCAAGUGUAGCCUGAAGGGACCUUGACCUGUGACCUGGAAAAGCUUUGUGGUUUUCUCUUCUUCUGCACUGUUUCACACACUCCUCUGCUACUACCCCAAAACCUGCACCACUCCCUUAAUGUGUGUGUGUGUGUGUGUGGUUGUGUGGUUGUGUCUGUGUGAGUGAGUGUGUGUGUACCGGUAUGUGUGUGGUUGUCGGUGUGUGUGUGUAUGUGUGUGUGUGUGUGUUUGUGUGUGUGUGGUUGUGUCUGUGUGAGUGAGUGUGUGUGUACCGGUAUGUGUGUUGUUGUCGGUGUGUGUGUGUGUGUGUGUGUGUGUGUGUAUGCAUUUGGAGACGCUUCUUAACCACACUGCUUGAGGAAAUAAUUGAAGAGGAAGAGACAAUCCAAGAAAAUUACAAAAACAAGGAAAUGACAAACUGUUACACCUGCAACAACAACUGAAAGGCCAAAAGGGAACCGAUUUUCUCAGCAUUGUGGUGUACUAGGGGUUGCUUUGUCUGAGACGCCACUGACACUCUCGUCAUCCCCUCUACUGAGAACUGGUAGCAUACAGAUGUCUGGUGAUUUGCCAUCCAAAACAUUCCAGAGGCUGGGGACCUGGAGACGAGUUGGGGAGCAGAGGUCUAGCAGACUGUCCGUCUGUCUGUCUGAAGGGUCGCAUCAGAUGUCUGUCUACAGUGUCUCUGGACUUUUCCCAUGUGUCAUUGCUUAACUGCUUACAAUAUGGACAUAUCACUGCUGAGGCUACCAGCCACGCACUUACCCUUGCCCUCCCCCUACGCUUUAGUUAGCUGCUUUUCUAACUGGUAGUAAUGUUAAUAUUUGUUCACCGUUAGCCUUAAAAAUUGUUGGGUAUAUGAGUAUAUUUUUAACUGUACAGAACAGACGUUAUUUUAGAUAUAUGUGAGACUGUUCAUUUUUGGUUGCUUGAGUAUCUCUGAGUCCGUGCGUCAAUGUUAAAGAUAGAUAGCCGUUGUGGUAGACAACUGGCAUUUUUUUUUUUUUUUCAAUAGCUUCAUCAAGCUUUGAUAAAGAUGAAAACAUGAAAACACAUAGGACUGCAUUCAUCAGACAACCACCAGGCAUGUGCAGGCACGUCGUGUUCCAGGCAAAACCACAGUCCAUUUCACAGAAUUUUACUUUUUGUCACCAAUUUCAGCACAUUUGGUUUGCCACUGUCUCUUUUCUACCAUUGGUGCAAUCGCUCUGGUCAGCAUUUCUCUAAAAGUGUUAAAUCAUCCACUAACAGAGAACACUGAAGACUUUCUCACAAUGGUGGUGGCUCAACAAAACUACUGCCAAAUACAAUCCUGAUCAGUCCGUAUUAAUUCCCUCAGAUUGCUUGCUCUCUCACUAUGGCUGAAUGCCAGAGAACACCAUUUUCCCUGACAUUUUUGCACUCCUUUCAGAUCAGUAAUGCUACCUCACUUCUCUUCAGUGCACAAGACCACCAUCCAACCUCUACUGAUUCAAGAUCAGACUGUCCUUUCACUCUGUGUGCUCUCCAUGUAGAAAUAUGUAAAAAUAUGUUGAUAAGGAAGAAUACAACAAAAAAAUUCAACAGUGACUUUUUGUUUAGCUUUAAUAGGUAGGUAUUCCAGUUUUUUUCCGUCUGGCGUUGCUGUUACAGCAACAAUGUGGCUACAUGAUGUCUGAGCAGGUUAGUGCUAGCAUUGGUUACAAUGUCAUUAUCUUUCUAUCUCUUAAAUAGGCUUUAACUGGCAUUGAAAUCAUAGCUUGCCCUUUUUGACAUUGCUAUUGUGAAUACAACUGUACAAAAAAAUUAAAAUAUUGUUUUGUUUUGUUUA